AUGGCGGAGGAAGCCAAUGGAAAGAAGGAGGAGGAGGAAUUCAGCACGGGCCCUUUGUCAGUGCUGAUGAUGAGCGUCAAGAACAAUACUCAGGUUCUUAUCAACUGCCGGAACAACAAGAAGUUACUUGGCCGUGUGAGGGCAUUUGAUCGGCACUGCAACAUGGUUCUCGAGAAUGUUAGGGAGAUGUGGACUGAGGUACCUAAGACUGGCAAAGGCAAGAAGAAGGCUCUUCCGGUGAACAAAGACAGGUUCAUAAGCAAGAUGUUCCUCCGUGGGGAUUCAGUCAUCAUCGUUCUCAGGAACCCGAAAUGA